AUGCCUUGGAAAAUGUUAGUGUUUGUGGUUGCUGACAUUCAACAGGCAGCCGAACGUCUUCUCCUCUGGGACUCUGCCCUUGGUCCGAAUCAUUCGUCCAAUGGUUUUCCAAGGCCGCGAACUGAGCCAAGCGUGAUGUCCCCUCUUCGAGUACUUGUCACAGGUGCUGCCGGCCAAAUCGGCUACUCCCUCGUUCUGCAAAUUGCUAAGGGAGAUGUUUUUGGCAAGGAUACACCAAUUGUUCUCGUUAUGCUUGACAUUCCUCCUAUGGCCACCGUUCUGGAAGGAGUGCAGUUUGAGUUGCAAGAUUGUGCCUUACCAACUCUACACGGUGUGGAAUGCGUGACGACAGAAAAGGAAGCAUUCACCGACAUCGACUACGCCUUCCUCGUUGGAGCAAUGCCUCGAAAGGAGGGUAUGGAACGUAAGGAUCUCCUCGCUGCUAACGUGAAGAUCUUCAAAUCACAAGGCAAAGCAUUAGCCGAUUAUGCUAAGGCCACCACCAAGGUUAUUGUCGUUGGGAACCCAGCCAACACGAACGCUUUCAUCUGCGCCAAAUAUGCUGCCCCGAAGAUUCCCGCUCGCAACUUUUCCGCAAUGACUCGCCUCGACCACAACCGAGCAACUGCUCAGCUGGCAUUGAAAGCAGGAGUUUGCAUCGGUGAUGUAAAGAACGUGAUCAUUUGGGGAAAUCAUUCGAGCACUCAGUUCCCGGAUGCAAAACACGCCGUUGUCACAAAGGAGUUGGAUGAUGAUUGGUUGAAGUUCGAUUUCUUGAAAAAAUUUGUAUCGGCUGUAAUUGGAGGAACCAGCGUCGAUGCCUAUACCGCUAUCAACGACACCGCUUAUCUACAAGGACCAUUCAUCUCGACAAUCCAGAAACGUGGAGCUGUUAUCAUCCAGAAGCGAAAACUUUCUUCUGCAAUGUCGGCUGCAAAGGCUGCAUGCGACCACAUCCACGACUGGCACUUCGGAACCAAGCCUGGAGAGUGGGUAUCGAUGGCUGUGCCUUCUGAUGGCUCGUACGGUAUUCCCGCUGGCCUAGUCUUCUCCUUCCCGGUCACUAUUGAUGGAGCCACGAAAGAAUGGAAGAUUGUCCAAGGUCUCUCCAUGGAUGAUUUUGCCAAAGCAAAAAUUGCUGAAACACAGAAGGAACUCGAAGAGGAGCGCGACGACGCUCUGAAAGCUUGCGAAGAAGCGAACAUGUGA